CGCAGGCACUGUGCGUCGCACGCGCUGCUGCUGUCGCCACUCGCUGCGGCCUGUGGAAGCUCCGAUCUCCGCUUCGGCCGCCGCCUCAGACCCGGCCCCGCCAUGUACCCGGCUUGGGGCCUGUACGGGGCGGCGGGGCACUACCCGCCGCCCCCCACCUCGAUACCGCCUCCGCCGCUGCCCGUACCCCCGCCCGUGAUGCCCCCCUCCGUCCCGCCGCCGAACUACCCGCCCCCGGGCCCCGGCGUGGCCCCCGCGCCCGGCGCCUCGGGCUUCCUGAGCCUGCAGGAGCAGCACCUGGCCCAGCUACAGCAGCUGCAGCAAAUGCACCAGAAACAGAUGCAGUCGGUACUUCUGGGGGGUCCCCCGCCCGGGCCGCCGCCCCCGGGCCUGCCCCCUCCGCCUCUCCCCGGCUCCUUCACUGACUGGCCGCCGCCAGUGCCGCCCCCCGUCCGCAGCUACCAGAAGCAGUUCAAGCACCGUGAGCCGCCUCCGCCGCCCCCACCCCGGGACCCCCAGGUCUGCAAGCCCCCGGCGCCCCCCCUGCCUCGAGAGCAUGAGACCCUCCAGCCGUCUCAGCCCCACAGCGACUGGGAACACCUGCCUUCUUCCCCAGUGCCCAUGGACAUGGAGCUGUCCUCUCCGCCACAGUCGCCCCUGCCGCCUGAGCAGGCCUAUCCACCCCCUUCGCAGGCCUAUAUCCCCCCAGCCCAGUCUGAACCGUAUAUUCCCCCAACCCAGCCACCCCCUUCCCAGUCCCCCCCGCCCCAGUCUUAUUUGUCCCAUUCUCAGCUCUCCCAGCCACCGCCACCAUCCUAUCUGGAGCCUCCUCCAUCAACUGCCCCUCAAUCUUAUUUACCCUCCUCCCAGUCCUAUCAGACACAUUCUCAAUCUUAUUUGUCCCCUUCCCAAUCAUCCCUUUCCCUACCAACCCAGGCUAGCUUGACACCAUCCCUUUCUCAAUCUAAAUCUCACUUUACUGCAUCCCAGUCAUCCUUGCCCCCUUCCACUCCUGCCCAGCAAGAGGCAGUGCAGAGCGUUGCUAAGGACACCAGUGACAGUUCUGACCAGCACAGCACCCCACAACCAGACCCCUCCACUAUGACCCCCCAGGAACAGCAGCAGUAUUGGUACCAGCAACACUUGCUAAGUCUGCAGCAGAGGGCAAAAGCACAUGCACAGGGCCAGCAGCAACCGAAGGGUCCAGGAGUAGUGAAGGAUGCACCUGAGCAGAGAAUACAGCAAGAAGAAGAGAAAGUGACUGCUCCUAAUCAGCAGUCUGAACCGCCUUCACUUAACGAUCCCCUAAUACCAGCUUCCAAAAAAGAGGAACUUCCUGUCUCAUCUACUGAACCUAAGCUGAAUAUUGAACCUCCUGAGGACUCUGAGGAAGAUUUGAGGUUGCAGCAGUUGCAAGUGGCAGCAGCUCAGUGGCAGCAGCAUCCACACCAUCGAGUUGGCUUUCAGUAUCAGAGAAUAAUGCAGAAGCAUGCCCAACUGCAACAGAUUUUACAGAAGUACCAACAGAUCAUACAACAGCCACCACCCCCCCAGACAAUGUCAGUGGAUAUGCAGCUGCAGCAUUAUGAGGCGCAGCAGAAACAGUUUCAACAACUUCACAAAGAAUGGGAGCGUGAAUUCCAAGGAUGGCAGGAUCAACUUCAGACCUAUCCUCACAAAGAUCAGCUUCAGGAGUAUGAGAAACAGUGGAAAACAUGGCAGGGACAGAUGAAAGCUACUCAGUCCCAUCUGCUGGAGAAAGUGAACUCACUUCGAAACAUGAAGAAUCAAUACACUGGGAAUGUUGCAUUGCCACCGCCUUUUGUUCCGUGCUCUCAAAUCUCUCAAGGAGGUGUGCCUGUUAUGCCUCCAUCUUUGCCUUUAGCUGCCCCUCCGCAGGUCCCCCCACCUCUGUCUUCUGAUCCUCAGUUGUCUAAUUCAUCUGAACCCCCAACAUCCAGUCUUCAGGGUUUCCAGUCCACUAAGACAACCAGGCCAGCUCUGCUUCCUAUCCCUGAUUCUUUUGUAUUUAAAAUACCUGGCUCAUCUGCAACUUUACCUUGUCAUUCUGAAAUAACUACAUCUGCUGACUCUUCAGACCAAGGAAACUCUCAAGUUCCUCUCGGUAAGCAAGCUGUGCCAUUUGUUUCUGUCUCAUCUGAACCAGCAUCUGGAGAACUGAAAACUUCUUCUACGGUAUCUUCAACCUAUGUACCCCCACCCUCCAACGUUCAAGAUAAACCUGUGAGAUCAGGUGGAUUGCUUCCAGACCCACCCAGAGGCACAUACUUCGAAGGACCAAGAGGUCCUAGGUUUGAUGGACUUCGGGGAAGAGGCUUUGACAGAUUUGAAGGGCCAAGACAGAGAGGACCUCGUUUUGAAGGCCAGCACUUGGAAGGGCCAAGGCCAAGAUUUGAAGGUCAGAAUUCCGAUGCACGGUCUUCAAGCAAAUGGGGAACUAUCCCCCGUGGGCCAGCAGCACAGUUUUAUACAUCCCCAAGCACAUCACAGAUGCACAGUUCCCGACCAAGUGGGUCACCGUGGAGGGGGCCCAGACCUCCUUUUGGACAGCAGCAGUCUCAAGCAGAGUCCCGAACAGAAAACAGAGAAGCUUUUGCUGAUGCAGCUGUCAACCAGGAGUUGGCAAAUAGAACUCAGUCUACUCCAGUUUCCUUUGAUACAGAGGCAAAGAAUUCUGGUCCAGUUCAGCCAGCUGAGGACUUGACAAAAGCUCAACAGGAACCACCCAAAGCUGAAGUCAAAAAAGUCAUUCCUGGGCCUAAAAAGUGGACUUGGAGUUCUCAGGAUCCUGCACAGCAAGUAGAAGAGACAAAAUCAACUACUCAACCUCCAUCCACUCAGAAUCAAAAACCAACACCACUUCCCAGUACACCUGUAACUGUGCAGUCUACUGUUCCUCCAAGAACAGGAGGAACAGCAGCCUUACCUCCAUCCCCUGUGACAGGAAAUACAGACUUAAAAUCUACAGAUAGUAAAUUGCCCCUUUCAGAAAAUAGCCAGGGUAAAGGACUACCUGGAUUAGAAGAUAACCAGGGUAAAGGGCCAGUUCAACCAGAAGAUAAUAGAGGCAGUGGACCAGUAAGCAGAGGCAGGGGGCAAGGCAGGCUGGACGACGGCCGAGGCAGGGGGCAAGGCAGGCUGGACGACGGCCGAGGUAGGGGGCAAGGCAGGCUGGACGACGGCCGAGGCAGGGGGCAGGGCCGGCUGGACGACGGCCGGGGGCAGGGGGGCAGGGCCGGCUGGACGACGGCCGGGGCAGGGGGCUAA